UGUUUUUUUUGUUUAUUUCCGCACCGCAACCCUGAAUAUGCUGGCAUCCGCUAACACAAUUAAAAAAUAGAGCAUUCUGAACGUGUGUUCUUAAUAAGCAAGCAUUUGUAGCCAGUGAGGGUUGGAUUUGUAAAGUGGGGGGAGCAGUGAAGGAGUAGGAGGAACAGAGGAGGUUCUGCUGCUCGUUUUUUUUGUCCUUUCAGCGACUCGUUCGCGAAGCGGCUCGAAACACGAUGAACUACUCUGACUACGACUCUGAUGGAUAUUCGUCGAAUGAAGACGCAGACUACGUCCCAUCAGACAAUAACCUCAGUGAAGAUGACAUUAAUGAGUGUGAAAAAGAAGACCCUCUUCACGAGGAUGACAACGUGCCACAUCCCGGCGAUGUCAACAAGAAGAAGAAAAAGAAGAACAGCGACAUCAGAAUAAGAAAAAGGAAGAAAGGGGUCCUGAAAGUAAAUGUGAAAGAGGAGGAUGGAGCUGAAGAGACAGAGCCACCACAGGAAGAGGUGGGAAAUCCCGCUAAUGAAAAGGAUGAUGAUGAAGUAAAACAGAAGAAAAAAUCAGAUGACUUGUGGGCAAGUUUCCUGUCUGACGUUGGAUCCAGACCCAAAGACUCCACACCGUCCUCACAGUCAAGUACCACACAGAAGGUUGAUUCUUCAGUAUUGAAGGCUGCUCCUUUGACAACUCAACCAAAAGCAUCAGGACCUGCUAAAGUCACCAUCACUAAAGUUUUUGACUUCGCUGGAGAAGAAGUUAGGGUGAAUAAGGAGGUAUCAGCAGACUCCAGAGAAGCAAAGAGUUACCUGAAGGUCCAGAAUGCCGAACAGGAGAAGAAUGGAGACCAAGAAGAGAACUCAUCACCUAGCCAACUUCCUCUUCCUGGUCCCAGUGCUAAGCGUCCGACAGGCAUGUCAAGCGUCCUGGGUCGCCUUGGAGGAAAGAAACAGAAAAUGAGCACGCUGGAAAAGUCUAAGAUGGACUGGGACGCUUUUAAAUCAGAGGAGGGCAUCACAGAGGAGCUGGCCAUUCACAACAGAGGCAGAGAGGGGUAUGUGGAGCGGAAGAACUUCUUAGAGCGCGUCGACCACCGCCAGUUUGAGUUAGAAAAAGCAGUUCGACUGAGCAACAUGAAACAAUGACAUAGACUGACUGACAACAAACACUCGUAGAGUGGAACCAAGGAUUUGUAUUCUCUUUCUAACGACACAGUUGCUAUUCCUUCAGCAAAGUGAGCUCAAACUGGUGCCGUGGCUGGAGUCUAUUUCAGGAUGGGUAUAUUAAUAGGCUGAGUUUGUGUAAUUAGGGGUGUUGAGAGUUCAUCCUUGUGAGAACCAACUAGAGUUUCAGACCUUCAUGCUGAGGACAUAACUGGAAUGUGAGGUCCCUGCUUUCUCAAGGGGAUGGUUUUGGGUGAGGACUUAAAUUAUGGGUUAAAAAGUAAUUCUGGUUUAUUACAACUUGUCUUAUUUUUGUAGUUUUAAACAUAAUUUCUGUCUGUAAUUGUGUCACUCUCACCAUGAUCAUAACUGAGAUUGGGGAACUUGGUGGCAUCACUAAAAUUAAACCUUCCAGGUCAGGCAGGCAGAUAGUCUACAACCGCAAUAAAAACUCGAAAUAAGGUUCUAGCUUGAAGUUAAGGCACAGGUUGACGUUUCUGUUUUUGGAUAUCUUACCUGCAUGAGGAAAAAAAAACACUGGAUAAUGCAGGUGUAAAACCAAAUGAAACAUGUCAGCUCUAAGCGAUGUGCUGAAAUUAAAGGGUCUCCUCAGAUCCUGCCUCCUCCUCUUACAAUCUUAACCUGUGUGUCAAAAACACCUUUGUCUACAAAGGGGGAAAAGGACAGCCUUGCAAUAGUUGCAGUACAUCCAGUCACAAUGAGGGAAAAAUUAAGAUAACAAGAACCUUUGUUCAUACAAUGCUGUUACUCAAGUACAGAUCAUAUGUGAAUACCUGGUAGAAAUUGGGUCUUCAGGAUCAUUUCUAUGUUCUUCAACACAGAAGCACACACGUGAAUGCAACAGAACUAAACUAUAGUGUAGAGUUAUGUCACAGCGACUGCAAAUAAAUAAUUUUAACUUUUUCUUUCAGAAGUCACGUCUUGUCUCUUAGCUUGACACGCAGGCUUCAUACUGUAAUCACUGACUUUUGCAACACACGCCUUGAAGAGGAAUUCUGGUAUUCUGGACACAACUGGUCCAAAAAUCUACUGGUGAAUUGAUCUAAAUUGCUAAAUUUACUUCUUGUGUUCACUGGGCAUGGCAACACAAUGUGAGGUUCUGGUUGUGUGUUUGUCUUUGUUCCUUGGCUCCCAUGUCGAGUGUUGUACCCUUGACAUUUUGUCAGUGAAAAAAAACAAAAAUAUUUGAACAGUGUCUUAUUUUGUACUAAUGAUCAAGCCAGCCUGUCAGACUCUCACGUUGGUUUUAAAACUUUGACAAGACCUAUUUGUUCUUUUAAAAAAAAAAUACUGGUGCAGACGUUCCAGCACUGUGACAUCUCUUUUUAGAAGAAAAUUUAGCAUUAGGAUCAUUUAAAAGAAGCGAUAAUGAUAUUUAAUUUCCAGACACAGCAUUUUUAAUUGGCUGAUAGAGAUGACUGCUUUGGUUGGAGGCUCCUCAUAAACAGGGUUCAGUGUGUAUGAAAUGUUGGGUUCGCACUUCUUCGUAUGGUCAGUAGAUGUUAGAUAUAGUUUCAGGGCUCAACCACCACUGACCAACCAUCGCUGAGGCCAUAAGUGAUGCUUUUGAGUUGAAAAAAAAAUCUGACUAAUGUACCAUAUUUUGAACAUUUUCAUACUUUUGAAACCAUCGUGAGAAACUGAAACACCUUGCUACCAGCUGAACUUAAAACAUGUACUCAUGCAUUCAGGUGAGAAGCUUUUUGUAGACACUGUACAGAUGCUGAUCAAUGCCACCAUAGAAAUGUAGUCAAUCCAACUGCCUCUUACCUGUCAUAUCUGAGGAGGACCACAUUGAACUAAGCAGGUCUGAUGGGUGACAUUGACCUUGUCCAGAUGUUCUUCGUCCUGCUUAAGAACAGAGUGGGAAAAGUGGGAUUGAUGCAAAACAUUACGGUGAUUAGCGGGGGUUUUGAAUUCUUGUUUGAGUGAUUGAGUCUCAGUACAGUUCUCUGUUUAUUCAUGUGAAUAUUAAAUAUCCAUCCAACACAAACA